AGGCAAAAGUGCAUGUAGAAUGUUUUAAAGAUUCAUCCAAUCAUACUCAUACUUUAGAAGAGAUUGAAAAAAUUAAAUAUUCUCAGAAAGCUCUUAAGGAUUAUUGUCCAUCAGCAAUUCUUAAUGUAGUAAAAGAAUAUGCGAAAGAGAACUUAAAUUUGGAUGAAAGUGUAAAAAGGCUGUCAGAAAAGCCUAAUUUUAGUGGCAAGAAAGUUUUACAUAUGCAUGAAGUGAAUUUUAGCAAUGAACAGUAUGAAAGGCAUUCUAUAAACCCACCAAUGUACAAUGGCUAUGAAGAAUUUGGAACAAAUAUUUUAGAAAAUCUGCUUGAACUUGAUAAAGCAAAUCAAAGAUUAAUGAAGCUGGAUAUUCUCUAUACAUCCAAGAGUGAAUAUAUUGUAAAUUUUUAUAAAGCUUUUUUCAUUAAAUCUUGUAUACUUUAUUGUAUGGAACAUACAGAUGCUGGAUCAUUAGAAAGUUAUACAGAAAUAAAGUUCUUUGUGGGUUUAGAUUCUGAAAUUCUUGAUGAGCUGCAUAAGUUUCCUUUUUCUAUCCAACAACUUCUUGCUGAUGAAGCUUGUGCUAUGAAAAAAAGAAUUGAAAAUGGUAAAGCUGCACCAAGAUUAACAUCUCUUGACUGUUAUUGUUGGUUUUGUUUUCG